UAAACGCAGAGACACGACACGCGUGCAACGCUUGCAUUACCAUUGAUAUCACGCUCCCAACUGAACCCUAUAUAAACUCGAGCUAUUCAAAUUUAAUGUAUUCCAAAGCCAAAUCUUAAUAAAGACGCGUCAUUUUACAGCCACUAGCUUUAGGAUUUCAUGAGAAUAUUUCGGCAAUGAUUUUAUGGAUAGUCUGGUUGAGCGCUCUGGCGUGGACGAUCAGAUGUGAGCCUCCAGUGAAUAGUUAUUUACCUCCUGGUAGUAGUGGCGCUGGCGGGAGACCUUCUUCAGAAUAUGGGCCACCCGGCUCUGGUGGAAGCCCAUCCAGCGGCCGCGGGGGCCCGCACGGUAAUCAGCCAGGGGUAGGAGGAUUUGGAAAUCAGAAUGGACCACAAGACACAUAUCUACCUCCUGGGCAAGCGAGAGGACAAAGCCCCGACACGCAAUAUGGCCCUCCAGGACAAGGGCAAGGACAGAGGGGAGGUCAAAGAGGAGGAUCGCAGGGCCAAGGCCAAUUCGGCUCUCAAUCCCAGGGUGGAUUCGGCUCCCAGUCCCAAGUUGGCUUCGGCUCUCAGCCCCAAAAUCGAUUCGAUGGAGGAAGCGGUGGUAAUCAACCACCAAGUACACAAUAUGGUGCGCCAGAACGAGGUGGCUCGUCUAGGUCUCAAGGAAACCAACCUUUUGGCGGCGGUAACAGGAAUGGCGGCGGCAGUAACAGGGGUGGUGGAGACCGUCCACAAUCCUCGUAUGGUCCACCUAAUAGUAAUCAAGGGCCAGGCGGUCAACCUGGUGGUGGAUUUGGACCAAGUGGAUCAGGAGUCAGUCAAGGACCCAAUAGACCCGAAAGCUCGUAUGGUCCACCACCCACCGGAGGAUUCCAGCCUCAGGGUAAUGGCUUCGGUCCUGGUGGCCAAUCACCUAGCCAGCGUGGCGCAUCUCAAAGACCUGAUUCUGCAUAUGGGCCGCCAAACGCUGGUGGUGGUGGUAGCGGCGGUUUUAAUGAGGCACAGAGAGGUCCACCUUCGUCCUCGUACGGUACUCCAGGGUUUGGAAGUGGAGCAGCAGGUAGAGGGUCUGGUGGAGGAUCCGAUUUCGAUGGGGACGAAUCUGACGAGCCAGCUAAAUACGAGUUUAAUUAUGAAGUCGACGACGCGCAGACAGGUACUAAAUUUGGUCAUUCUGAACAACGGGACGGCGACCUAGCUACUGGGGAAUAUAACGUGGUACUGCCUGAUGGCAGGAAGCAGGUGGUGGAGUACGAGGCCGGCCUGCAGGGAUACAAGCCUCAGAUCCGAUACGAGGGCGGUGGAGGUGGUGGUAGUGGAAGGGGCGGUUCCGAAUCCGGAUUCGGUUCAGGUGCGCAAGGGCAAGGAUAUUCACAAGGUGGGCCUGGCGGUGGUGGUUUCCCGGGCAGCGACAAUAGUCUGGGGUAUCAGCAAGGCGCACCAGGACAGCAGGGGCAACAAGCACCGAGUCGUUAUCAGGAGCAGGAUGACUUUGGGCAAGGCCCGCCUUCCCAAUUUGGAGGUCAACGGAUGGGAUAUCCAAGUGGAAGACCUGGGGGUGGUAGAAACGGUCUAGGUCGUGGUAGUGGCGGGCCCGGACAAGGUGGAGAAGGAUAUCCAUCAGGGGGACCUGGUGGUAAUGGUCUAGAAAACUUUAAUGGCGGCGGCGAUAGUGGUUACCCUAGCAGAGGCCCUGGUAGAGGUGGUUCAGGUGGGCCUCAGGGAGGUAGAGGUUCUCCACGUGGGGGAUCACAAGGUGAAGAAGGAUAUCCAAGUGGCGGCCCACAAGGUGGGAGAGGUUUCUCUGAUGGCCAGGAUGAUGGAUUCGGUGGUUCCCAAAGCGGAGGUAGAGGUUUCGGUUCUCAGGGAAGCGACAGAGGGUUCGGUGGUUCUCAAGGUGGGGCUAGAAGAUCUGGUGGCCCUCAAAGCGGCGACAAUGGCUACCCUAGCGGGGGUCCACAGGGGAGAGGAAAUGGAUUCGGCCGCGGUGGAGGCGACAGCGGCUACCCGAGUAGCGGGCCGCAGGGCGGCAGGGGUCGUGACAGCUCGGGCAGUGACGAAGGAUACCCCAGUGGGGGUCCCAGUGGACCACGAGGCUCCGGCUACUAAACUCAACGACUUCGCUAUCUCACUGAUUAACGAUAACCAUGUCACAACUCUAGUUUGACCUACU